UUUCCUUUGAACCAAGAACACUCUUUUCAUUCGUUCCGGGCGACGCCACUCCCUGUACCACUUGUAGCUCUCUCUUUAUUUUACUUCGUUCUCAUUUUAAUUACACGCAAAGAGAGGCACAUACACUUUCGUAUAUUGUCAUAUUUUCUUGAUUCCUAUUCUGUCUAUACACUUACACUUUGGCAUCAGAAGACAACAAACGAAUAAAUAAAAACGCGCCAUGCAUCACGGAAAGCAUUUUCGUCGUCUUAAUAGGACAUCAUCACAUCGCAAGUCGAUGUUCCGCAACUUGGUCACACAGUUGAUUCAACAUGAUCGCAUCAAGACCACAUUACCCAAAGCUCAGGAACUGAAGGCGAUAGCUGAUCAAAUGAUCACCCUGGGAAAGCGUGGGGAUUUACACGCCAAGGUCCAAGCCGCUUCGUUCCUAAGAGAGCAUGAGACUACACUUCCGAAGCUGUUUGGUCCUUUAGCAGAGCGUUUCAAGAAUCGUAAAGGCGGCUACACUCGUAUUCACAAAUUGGGCAAUCGAUUUGGUGACAAUGCUCCUGUGGCUGUGAUUGAACUAAUUGAUGGUCCAGGCGAUCUUAAGAACCAGAUGUUGUUUAAGGCUCUGGCCAGACAGGAGGCUAUCAAGCCAGGAUCUAUUAAGGAGAUUGUGGAAGCGAACUUGAAUAAAGCAUCAUCAUCGUCGACAAAAACAACAGCAACAGAAACAGAAACAGCAACAGUGACAGGAACUACUGUAGCAAAAGCUGCUGCUGCCUUCAAGAACAAGGCUUUGGCUCGUCAUAUCCCAAAGGUUAUGAGCUCCAAUAAAUGGGAGUUGAAUGAUCUGGAGGCUAAGGUUAGAGAGCUGUCAAUCCAAGGAGAAAACAAGAUCUUUGAUGCCACUACCACCUCAACAAAGGCAUAAGCAAC